AUGUAUCAAAAUACCACACCAGAUCCACAAAAUCAACAACAACAAGAUCCUAGACAUCUUACAGAUGUGCUAAGUUAUUAUUUAGGGGAAAAUUUUUCACUUCCAGCAGGACAAAGUAGUUUACCAGUAUAUAUUAACCAAAAUCAAGAACAAACUGAAGAUAAACCAGACCUACCAGAACAAGACAAAGAUGUAGAAAUAGAUGAUCCUCAAGCAAAACAAUCUGAACAAACUCCUCCACCUAUAAUUAAUAAUUUAUUUGAUCAAUUAAAAAAAGAAAUUGAAGAAACCCAAAGACCUGAUGCAAUAAAAUUGAUUGAUAAUAGAAAUUUAGAUCAAAGAAUAAAUAAUUCAAAAUUAUUGCCAAAUUUAAUUAAUGAUUUACAAAAAUUAAGAAUAUUAAAAUUAGAUAAAUUACAUCUUGAACAAUAUGGUUAUUAUACUGAUUUAAAAGAUAAAACAGAAAAAAUUUUAACUUUGAAUAAUUUAUUUGAUACUAUCAACAAUGAUAAGAUUUUAACAACCAUACAAAUAUCAAUUUUAUUAAAAA